GGACCCCGGAGCCAUGGGUCGCGCGCGCGACGCCAUCCUGGAGGCUCUGGAGAACCUGACCGCCGACGAGUUCAAGAAGUUCAAGCUCAAGCUGCUGUCCGUGCCGCUGCGCGAAGGCUACGGACGCAUCCCGCGGGGCAGGCUGCUGCCCAUGGACGCCGUGGACCUCACCGACAAGCUGGUCAGCUUCUAUCUGGAGACCUACGGCGCCGAGCUCACGGCGGCCGUGCUGCGUGACAUGGGCAUGCAGGAGUCGGCGGAGCAGCUGCAGGAGCUCCUGAGCCAAGGCUCUGGAGCUGCCCCCGCCGCCGGGAUCAAGGCCCAUUCUGAGAAGAUUGCCAAGCCAGCGCUGCACUUCAUGGACCGGCACCGGGCAGCCCUCAUCUCCAGAGUCACAGAUGUGGACGGGGUGCUGGACGUGCUGUACGGGAGGGUCUUGACGGAGGAGCAGUACCAGGCGGUGCGGGCUGAGACCACCAACCCAAACAAGAUGAGGAAGCUCUUCAGCUUCGCUCCAGCCUGGGACCUGACAUGCAAGGACCUGCUCCUCCAGGCCCUGAGGGACACCCAGCCCUAUCUGGUGGCCGACCUGGAACCGAGAUGAGGCAUCCCCAGCAAAAGGCCCCCACAUUCAACCCCCGGCCCUUUCCACAGCCCGACUCUUUUCUACACAAUAGAUGAGAAACC